AUGAAUUUAGUGAGUUAUUUAUUUAUUGCCGGGACAUUUAUUGUCCUGGCGAGGUGUGAUGAUUCAAGACCUUGGUAUGAAACUCUUCCUGCUGUUGCGAUGGACUACAAAGUGCACAUCGAUGCCGGGAAAGAGGAUUGCUACUUCCAGUAUGUAAAUCCCGGAGCAACUUUCUUCGUCAGUUUUCAGGUGCUGAGAGGCGGUGAUGGAAAGGCUGGAUUUGCAGUAAGAAAUCAAGCAGGUGAAAUAGUACUUCCUUAUCAAUGGCGGGCUAGUGCUGAUUAUCAAGACCAAUCAGGGACUGGUGGUUACUACAGUGUGUGUGUUGAUAAUCAAUUUUCACGUUUUGCUGGCAAAUUAGUCAAUUUAUAUAUCACUGUUAUCAGGUAUGAUCAGUGGGAUAAAUUUACUAAAGAAUUAGAAGAAUUAAAUCUCUCAGUUGAGAAUUUUACGAGUACGAUUGUUAAUGUUGAAAAAAAUAUUAAUGAGAUGUUACACACACAAGCUAUAAGUAGAAGUCGAGAAGCACGUGAUUUAAAUUUAAUAACAGAAAACAAUUCGUAUGUUCAAAACUGGUCUGUUGCACAAGUUAUCGUUAUUAUUGCAACGACGAUAUUACAAGUAUAUUUUGUAAAAAAAUUAUUCCAAGAACGACCAACUGGUUCAUCAAAAAUUCGCAUUUAA